AGACCUUGUUAGUACCCCACAAAUGGGCUAGCGAGUACUUCUACUACUACUAGUAAUACUCCUACCUCCACUGCUACCCAUGGCGUUCCAGUCUCUUGCGUCUCUUGGACUUGGUGUCGGUCGUGGAGGAGUCACCACAUUGGUCGUGGCAUGGUACUAGAGCAGGAACUACGACUAGCAGGUGGGACGGAUACCCGGUUUAGGGUCGGGUUGGGACGAUAACCCUAAAAAUUACUCAGAGGUCACUGCACGAGUCGCAGACUGCGGCUCUUUUGUGUCGAUUUUCCUCCUCCGAUGUCUCUGCGUACGAAACGCCUAUUUGGUGUGAGGCACAACUUGGUAGACGGACACUUUGCUGAGAUUGCCCAAACUAGUGCGGGUAGAGCGUCGAGAGGAGGACAAAUUUAAUAGAACUACAGGAUCAUGAUCAAGGCCAAGGACUACGAAGGGCUCCUUCUCCUUCAACAGCAUAGGUAGAACAACGCCGACGCCUUCAUCCACGCAUCUCGGCAUUCCAUGCCAGACGAACAAGAGCUGCUGGCAGCUCUGUCGAUUUUCAUAGUAGGGAAGACGAAGAGCUACUGCAAGAACGAACUAGGGAAGUACUACUCCAGCAUCGAACUAGGAUUAUAUCGAUAAGACAUAAUCGACAUAAGUAGUUCUAUCCUACUACUCCUGCAUCGAUAAUCGACAGAGCUACUGCAGCGAACUAGGGUCGAAUCGAAAGAGCUCUGUCGAUCCGACCACAGGGGAAGAGCUCCUGCAACGAGCUACUACCUUGUAUGCUACCGCUAUUUGGUAACCUGAAUUUGAUCAUAAGCGCAAACAAGAAGAGAACGACCCUUGUGAUCAAAUUCAGGCUACCAAAUACCGGAACCAUUCACCCCUCUACUACCUCCGACGCAACAACCCGGGAUCGAGAGCGAAGGUCCUCUCUUCCGUACUAAUACGACAGGAGACGAACAGCUACUGAAAGGUGGACGAGAGGGUGUAGGUCCCGCGACGCUCAAAGCACACAAAGUUGGAAAUUAGCCGGCUAAAAAUUUCCCUCGAUAGUUCGGAGGUCGCUCGACGUAACCCUAUUCGCAGUAUAAUAAGCAAAACUCGCUGAGCAAAAAUGUCUGACGAAGCACCUGCGGAAGGAGUUCCUCCAGAGGAUUACGGCAUGACUGUAGAAAUUGAGACAACAACAACAUACGUCCGAGCAAAUAUUUAUAACUAUUCAUCUUCAAUGCCAAUGGCCGCGGCAGGCUUAAGGUGUUCCUUCUAACGGUAUUAAUACCGUUACGAGUUUUUAACCCCAAAAGCCUUUUGCUAGUACAACUACCUGUUGUAAAAAAUUUACAUUUACUACGAGGACGGUGAAUAAUUUACAUUUACUAAGUCGUACAACCUAUGUGGUAGUGGUACGUGCUAACACCACGUAGUACCUUGAUGUUGAUCUUGUUGCAUGAUCCAAGAUUCAGAGAAGCUUUAGAUUCUUUGAUAGAAGUUGGCUUUAGACAUCUCAUCUUUGGUACAAAGACUCCUAUAAUGCAAUUAGUUGUAACUAGUGCUUUGUAGUAGUGGUCCUCUAAUAAAUACAAAGUUACUAGUAAUCUAAUACAAAACUAUUACUACUAAUCUAAGUAAUCUAAUAAAUAUAAAGUUACUACUAAUCUAAUACAAAACUAUUACUACUAAUCUUCUAAGACUAAAUACGAAGUCACUAGUAAUCUAAUACAAAACUAUAACUACUAAUCUAAGUCUAGUAAUCUAAUUGUUGGACCACAAGAACACAGGCCUCCGCGCCUUGGUUCGUUUCUCAGUGGAAACACAAAGCCAGAAUCUUGAAUGCAAGCAAAUCUUGACACUCCUGCCUGAGAGUUGCGAUCUCUGGCUGGUGUAGUCCCUGUUUGGUUCAUUGGGUAACGUGAAUCAUACACCAUCAACAUAAGCAUGUCAGAAGGGAUCGGGCUGGAUAUGCAUCAUACGACUAGGAUCAGCACAACCGUGCCUAGUCUACGCAUUGAUCAUUAUGGUUAUGCGUUGACUGUGCUUGAAUGUGCAUUGGAAGUAGCAUUCGUGACCAUUGACACUCAUGUCUUGUGAGAUCAUCCCGAUGACAGUCGAGCGCGAGGCUUUGCGUGAGCCACUGAGAACAGAACAACACGACAUCCGAGAGGCUUGAGCCAUACACGACCAACACUAAUACAAAACUACUACUACGAAUCUAAGUCUAGUAAUCUAAUAGAUACAAAACUAUUUCUACUAAUCUAAGUAAUACCCAAACUACUACUUUGUUCCCCCCCUCUCUCAAUCUUUGGAUGUACCCCUGGAUUGGGUUUCCGAUCUUCUGUCUAAUUCUUGGGAGAAAAUGGAGAAUUCGAGGACGAUGCUGCGGAGUACGAGAGGGAUCCUCUUGAGCAAGUCUGGGUUUUUGGCUGCAACGACCAUUUGAAAAUAGACGAAGAAAUAAUAGCAGCAAAAAUUAAGGCUUGUUCACGGGCUGCACUUUUUUUGACUUGAGGACUAUAAAUUACCCUUUUGUUCUCUUUUCUAUCUUCCCCUGGUCUUUCUUUUUUCUAGUUAGGUCCGUCGUCUGCUCCGCCACAAAUAUCACAGAGCAACAAGUCAGUAUGUAGAGCCAAUCUGUCUUCUUUUGAUUUUUAUAAUCGUCCUCGCAUUUAAUACUUCUUCUCGUCCACUACCACGAGGAUCAUUCAUUCUUUCCUCUACUUUUGGUAUAGUUCUUGUCGUCUCUACUUUCUUUUCACGCGUACUCACUCUACUUUCAUCGAGUUCUACUGUUGUAUCAUGAUUCAAGUUUUGUGUUCUUUUGUGUUUGCACUUAGGAAGGCUACUUGAGAAGCCAUGUUGAUGAUGAUACUAUCGUCGAAGGCCGCGAUAAUAUCGUCUUUUUUCAUGAAAAUAUGAUGAGUACUACUAGAUGAGGUUUUUUUUCGAGCCACGAGUUGUACGCACAACUCACUGAGAAAAUAUAUAUGAUGUAGCGAGGGCCCUCCUCUCUGGUUGUGGGUUUAUUUGGUGAACCGGUACCCCAUAGCGAAUAAACCUGUGCACACAACCAGAGAGCUGAGCACUCACCGGAGGCGUUGCACAGGGCUCCGGCCUGCCUUUGAAGGUGAGACCUAUGGGGCUGACAGGACGGCGAUAGCGCCGGCGCUUAGUUAGUUUUAGCAGUUAGCGGGAUACUUCAGAAUACUUGUUGAUAGUUACCUUUUUCUCUUUUAUAUCUUCCUCUGGUCUGUCUUUUUUCUAGUUAGGUCGGCUCCACCACAUAUAUGAUGAACAGUACUAUGGGUCGUUUUUACUCAUCAUGCUGAUGAGUAUCACUAGUACUAGAGUAAUAUCCACCCUACGACAAACCACCGCGUGCUGCAGGUAACUCUGAAGCCAACUACUUCUAAAAUGAGUGGGAAUUUUUUCGAGGACUUCCUUGCAAAUUGUGAGGAAUUUCGCAUGGUUCCGCAUCCUAGCAUGACGAAGGAGACGUUGCUUAAGGCCGCUAUGUGAUGUCCUCAGAUACUGCUAUAUAAGCAUGACGAAAGAGUGACGCUGCUUAAUAAGGCUCCUAUAUGUCCUUACUUACAAUUAUCUGGGUCAUGUGCUUCUAGGCACUUCUUCCAGAUGAUAUCCGGUGUGCUAAAAAGUAGCACUAAAACUAUUGCUUCUUACUUUCCAAGGGUGCGGCCAACGCUCAAGAUAUGUCUAGGAUUAUAUUGAAUACUCAGUCAUCAAGAUAUGAGUAUCGCGACUAUAUACCUACUCUUUUAUUGGAAUAUUCUCUUUUAUUAGAUAGGAGGGAUAUAAUAUGUAUAUGUGAGGACUAUUUAUUUUUCACUACUGACAGGGCUAAUAUUGCUACACUACUUCAAAUCAUCUUUUUACUACUCACUGACCCUAGCCAGGCAAUGGCGCACGUGUUGAAAGUGAAGAUUUUUGGCUGGUCAUCUUGUUAAACCACACCGUCUAGUCCAUUCAUCAUUACUUUUCACUACUCGCUCAGCAACAAGAUAGUGACUCAUUCAGCAUAUCUCUAAAUCGGCUGGUGCCAUCAUCUGCAAAGGAUUGCUUGUCGAUCUUUGCUCUCUAAAAAUUAUGAGGUACUUGAACUCGAUUAAACAAGGUUUAGACCUACCGUUUUUACUCUGCUUGUUGCGAUGUUUCUUCUUGGAAAAGAGUGUCCGUAAACGCAGAAGGGGCUCGCCUUCAAGCACAACCUAGCACACUGACAACUUGUUGCACGGGUAGUACUUCCUUUCUUUCCUCUUCUAUCUAGAUUAUAAGUGCCCUCGCCGACGCCAGCACUGACACCCACCAGACACAACUCACAAACCGGGCACAGCAUGUUCUUGCUCUUGGUGUGGCAUCAAAAAUUCUCUGAGCACAACUUCUCUCUCCAGGCACAUCUUGCCAACGAGUCAAUUAAGGCACACUGGGUAAAGAUGAAGAUGAAGUAUAUUGUUUCUCAUGCGAUGUUCUUACUUCACUGCAAUUACAAAAUACUAAUGGUUGUUCCAUAUUUUCAAGGUCGUCAGUCUGCUAAGUCCUCCACCACGGCUAUCAGGAAAUAUGAUAGCAAUACUAGAAGAUACGAAACAAUUUACUAGGGACGCAUCAUGCAUGCAGGUCCUGCUCUUCUAAGUCAUUCGAUAGAACAUCUUAAGUUCUCGGAUGCGCUGCUAGAUGCGCAGAUGGUUUCCCUGUUGACAGACGCACUAGCCGAGGAACGGACGACGGUGAAGAGUUUGACGCUUGACUGGAAUAAGAUCGAUGUACUCUUGUUCUUCAGUCUUCACCUACCUUAAUUAUAACCUGAUGAGACUGAUACCCUAUGGAUGCGCCCUUAACCUAGUAACUGAAUGACCUGAAGAUGAGAUUAAUACCUAGUACUAGGUAGAGAAAGAGACCACCACGUAGAUUGUAGUGUGUUACAAUGAAAACAAGAACUUAUGGAAAAAUUCUCACAACAAACGCAAACUUGUCUAUCAGUUGCCGUUGGUGAUACCGGAGGAAGUUAAGGAAUUUGGCGAGAUGGAGGCUUUGGAACGAGCAAGAAUGAGCAAGCAGUCCUUAAGGGACGUCCAAGUCUGGACUGAGCUGGUACUGGAGUCCACGAAAAAGACCAAAUUUAGCGAAGUUUUGGAAUUAUGAGCAUGUUCUUCUAGAGCCCCAUUCUAAAAUUUGGUGUUAUGAUAGAAGUUGUCUUCUAUAUGCAUAUCUAAGUCAGAGUAGUUAGAAGAACAAGGAUCAUGAAGACAUUCUCUAAUACCUCUGAAUCCAAUGAAAAAAUCGCAUACAACCUCUGAAUCUAGUACCUCUGAAUCCAAUGAAAAAAUCGCAUACAACCUCUGAAUCUACUACAAUAAAUACAUCGCGCACCUCUGAACCUGAAGAAUGGGUCAUCUGACCCUCAUACCUCUGAAUCUCAACAAAAUAACUUCUAAUUCUUAUCAAUCUCAAUCUUCAAUCCUCUAAUUCCUAUGCUCAACGAAGCCUGGGCACCGAGUGCGAGUCGGCAGGAUCUUAGGAUGAUAAGCUUGGAGACUGAUAAACUCGAUUACGCGCAAUUCACCUACCACUUCGGAGCAAGACUUGGAGUAUUCCCAUUUCGUAUUGGGAGUUGUAAUUUUUUUAUUUGAUAAUUGAAGAACAAUGAGAUGGACUUUGGUCAUCUACUUGCACCAGUAUUAUUGAAGAUGUUGGUAUUGCUAUAGUUGGUAUGUAUUCAUCCGGUCCCCUCGUCUCUCUUUUAGACCCAAGCCAACCAAGCGUUUCCUCUCUUCUCUCUUUUUUAAGCCCUAUUGCUCUCUGUGUCUGCGCUUCCCCGUCAAGUAGGAAAAUUAUGCUGACUUCUAGGAGUAGUACUAGUAGGGACUAGUAAAAAAACUGAGGUGCUUUCCAAACCCUUUCCUUAGGUCCCACUCCGAGACGAGGUGUUUCAGAAAGCGUUCGCCCACUUCGAUGGUCCAGAAUUUAGCGGUGGCGAGAGUAAGACUUCCCUUGCGGUGAUACAAAAAGUUUGCUCAAAUUAAGGCUUGUUCAACAUUUUCAUAAAUAGUACUUCCUUGUUAGUUUGUAUCUGUCCCUAUUAGAAGUUUUUAUUUCGUGGCAAUUAAGUUCAACUUAGUUGAUCAAAUCAUUGAAACAAGAAUAUUUAAGGCUAUUUCAUCUCUCUUGUUCUCCCUUCAUUGUUCUAAUCCAUCCUCCCACGUGUGCAAGCAGUCCCACCAGCAGUGGAAGGGGAGGAUCCUCCUGCUGAGCCUUCAGAUUAAGCCUUCAGAUUAUGCUGUCACUAUCCCACGUGGAGUAUGCUGAGUGGAGUCCCCCUUGAUUUACAGGGGAAAGAAUAUAUUUUUUUGCCUAUCUGACUAAGGUUCACAUGCUUAUAAAAUAUAUAGGGAAAAGAACUAAGGGGCGGAUUGCAUUUGCAUAUUGCCCCAAGCAGGGCGAAACCCCGAAAACGCCUCCCCAUCACCAGGAACUCCUCUCGUCACUUGAGUUUUAGAGUUUUAACGUUUCGCAAGCCUCUAUUCUUCACUGAUUGAAUGGUUCCGGUAAUUGGUAUAGCCUGAAUUUGAUCAUAAGGGAAAACAAGAAGAGAACCCUUAUCAUCAAACUCAGGUUACCAAAUACCAGAACCAUACACUGAUUAAAGAGGAAACUAAGGGCAGCAGGGGCACACAGCAGGGCACCUCACUGAACCUGGGAUAGUGAAAAACUGGCGCUAAUCAAAGGACGCUCCAGUUCCGCCUGACCCCAUAGGCGAUGUUUGGCGGAGACUGAUAGAAACCUCCUUCAUCGAAAAUCUCUCUAUGAGAUGUUGCUCACUUUCGAGGUAUUAAAUAGUUGUAAGCUGUAGUCGUCAUCAUCACUCAUCAUCAUCAUCACUCGUAUUAAAUACUCACUCACAGUAGUAGUCAUCAUAGUAUCUUAUAGAAGUAGGCUGUCAUCAUCAUAACUCAUGUUUCUCUAGUACUUGUUUGUGGUGUCGUUGUAACAGGUACUCGUGACCACGAUAAGUAUCGUGACUUAAGAGAAGAUGAUGAUACUUUGUACUAUGGCCUUCAACCAAAGCCCUUCUACCCACUACCGAAGCUAGCUCGUGGGCUAGACCCCCGAUUAUAAGCCCAAUAACCCUUCAGGUUGUUCUUUCACGCGUUAGCUUCUUUGUUAGUUUCUUUCACGUUGAAGUUUCUAGUCAUCUUCUCUUCUGCGGGUGCAUCGCAUAGUCUAGGGGCUGGUAUGCUAGCCAGUGAUAGACUCCAUAAUGAUGAUGGCCAUCGAGGAAACCUCUUCUACCCACUACAGGCUAGAAGCUCCUGGUGUAGCCACUGGCAUUCGCGCGCAAGUCUAUCUCCGACAAUUGAAUCUCUAUGGGAAUAACUUGUCGGACGAUAGCGUUGCACUCAUAGCAGACGCAUUAGCGGACAACAGUUCCUUGGAAUAUGUUAAGGCUACCUCAUCUACCACUCCAUCGAUCUCUAUGCAAAAUCAUAGUGAAGUUCAUGCAAAUCUAAGCAUGUUGGUCUCGGGAACAACCUCAUAGGGAAUCGAGGAUUUGCAGCGUUGUGUGACACCUUAGGCGCGAAGGUAAUAGAAGACAGAGCAGAGGCAGACGCCAGAAUAGCUGCACAGUCUGCGAAAUCAAUGCCGGCGCCAAGUACUUUUUACAUUUCAGUUUCAUUCAACUAGACAUUCUUCUAUACCCCAAGAUUGGGUACACUACUACUACUACUACUACUACUCAUUCAACGCAAGUGCCUCUAGUACUAUCAACAAUGCGGCCUCAUCCUGAAGUAGAUUUAAACAACUUCAAGAUAGAAAAUAAUUGCGUGACUCCUGAUUCGUUAAAUAUAAAUUGAUAGGAAUGUUGACUUCUUCCUAUCCUAUCCUAAGGUAAAGACGGUGCAGGAACAGAACGGCCACAGCGAGAGUCAGUCUGGGUCGAUGAAGUGGUAGAAAUUCCUGCACCCGCAGUCGAAGAAGGCGAAUCACCGCCACCACCAAAAUAUUAUUGGUAUUAGUAGUUCACCUUGACUGCAUCUGGUGCACGUUCAUCAUCUACUUUAUGUUCCAUGUAGUUCCGCCUCUUUUUCUUCACCUUGAUGUUGUUCAGAAGUUAUCAUCGUGUUAUCACAAGUACUUAUUCAGAAUUAUAUAAGUUUUUGUUUGUUUGUUCUUAAAGUACAAUACAAGUGUUGUAUUGUCCCUGUACAGGUUUAGAUGUUGUUAAUACCGAAGAAGUAGAUAAACAAUUGUCGUGAAGAUGAAAUCAAUUUUUUUUUUCCACCAAACAACAAACUCAACCUCUUCAAAUACAGAAGAAACACAGGUUUCGCAACAAAACAGUGAAGAAACUGAAUCUUAGCUACAACCUGAUCUCCGAUUGGACUGUGGUGCAGGAAUGUCUUGCCCUAGGCAACCCGGAAGCCUGCGUAACCUUGAUUAUGGUAGCAACAUAAUACUAGUACAAUAGUAGUACGUAAAGAAGAUGACUGCAGCUUCUACUAGUCGUAGUACGUAUUAAUAGUCGUACACUAACGUAGAUCGAUUUCCUUCUCGCUCGCUAAUGGUGUUGGUGUCACCUUUCCUUUGGGUGUAGAGUCCGUGUUGUAAAGUCACUGGCUAUAUAUAUCACAUAUAGGCAGCAAAUUGCCGCAGGCGCGACGCCUGAGCGUAGUGCGUGAAGAUGACUACUUCUACAACUAGUCGUAGUACGUAUUAAUAUUUAACCUGCAGCCUGAAGAUCGUCUCUCUAAUUGACUAGUGGUACGGAAACCUGCAAAUACAACUUUGAAACAGUAGGGGACGUCUAGGACAGCUCUCCUUCAACCUAUAACUACUACCUAAAGCCUGAUCUCUCAAAUUCAAUCGUGCAACACCUCUAGAAUAGGCACAAUCAUCAUCAUCAUCAUCAUCAUCAUCAUCAUAAUCAUCAGUAGGCUAGUAAGAAGGUUACUAAGCUACUAGUAUAAUUUUUUUCAUAUUACCAGUCGUAUUAGGGUAGUUGAAAAAACAGCACCUCAAAGGUUCUUAGUAUUUGUACUAUACGUAUACAACUUCUAGUAAAAAAUUUCAAGAAAGAUGACCGUCUACUUCUUCAAAGGCAACGAAUAGUUGACGCAUGCAUGCACACAGGUAGCGCCUAUACCUCACGAAUAGGUACUUGAAUCAAAUCAAUCAAUCUUCUAAACUGACCGGGAACGCAGUCGCCAGAGAUUUAAAGGACGCCCAAUGGCCGCAGCCAAAGGAGGACGCUGUUGUCGGCUGGAAAGUGGAUUACGGUCAACCAGUCGCACCAGUUGAGCAGUAGAUGUCAUGUGGUAAGGAAAGUGGAUUACGGUCAACCAGUCGCACCAGUUGAGCAGUAGAUGUCAUGUGGUAAGGAAAGUGGAUUGCGGUCAACCAGUCGCACCAGUUUUCGAAAAACCUACUAGACAACUUAAUCACUUCAACUUCUUCUUGUUGAUACAACUUACAAAUCUUAUCCUUAGGCUUAUCCCUUCAAACAAUAUAUAACUUACAAAUCAAAGGCCGCUCCUGACGAGAAGGAAUCAAGAACUGCAAUGAACAUGAAGAUUGUCAACAUUGUAGCAAUUUCAUUUCCGUUUGAUAGUAGCAAAUAUAACCUGUGUAUUCUCCUGUCAUCAAGUCGUCUAAUUGAUAAUGAUCAUUAGUUGCAAUCACAACUUGCGGAAGUGGAAAGUCUUUUUUUAUUUGAUGUUGAACUUACCACGUUAUUUACGUAGAUUUAGGAUUAGGUAAUAGGCAGACUUUAAUGAAGAUGUCAUGUUUAUGUCACCUCCGUUGACGACGAAUCGCAUCGUGUUCUUGUCGUGACUCAGACAGGAUUGAUUUCGUCCUCAAUGAAUGCCAGCAUUGUUUAUUUCGUCCUCAUUUUCAUGAAGCAAGCAAUUCGGUGCCGAAGUCCACUGUUGAGAAGUGCAGCUGGCCUUUAAUGGAGAUGUCAUGUUUAUGUCACCUCCGAUGGCGCUGGAGUGCAGUGGUGAGAAGAUGAUUGAGGAAAAUGAUGCGUUCCAGAGAACCUCAACGGGGAAAAUGCGUUCCAGAGAUGAUUGAGAAAAAUGAUGCGAACCUCAACGGGACGACCUCCGAAGAGAUGUUGUGUUUCCACAUAGGAUAUUGAUUGUGCAGAU